AUGCAGAUCUUAGAGUCUUCGACGUCCGACAGGUCGGCGCUCCAGGCGGCGGACCACAAAGCGGCUCAUACUCAGUCUGCGGAUGCCAAAGUGGACAAGCUGGCGUCUGCAUGGCAGGGGGAUCUCGAGGCUGCGACUGUUCCAGCUACGGAGUCCUUCGUUGCAAAUCAGAUCUGCAAGACUGUAGGAACAAAGGCUGCGGAUGCUGCCGAGUGUUGA